AUGUCCACACUGUCCAGUAAAUUCGAAGAAUUGCUCUGCGCUGGCGAUGAAGUGUCUCUCUCAGAAGAUCCUGACACUUUCCUCCGCAUCUGCCAGUCAGCCCACGGCAUUUUCGUUCCUCAGGCAGAUAUCUCAACAUAUGGACUCGUAAAGCUAGUAGAGAUCAUUGAAAGAUAUCAGAUCAAAGCCACUGCCCAAAUUUAUGGGUUGGCCGAAUUUUGCUGGAUCGUUCAGACUUUAGAGCCCGCCAAGCUGUCAACAAAGCAGAUAACCCAUCUUCUACAGGUAGCAAAAGUGCUUAGCGUUGCAAAACUCCGGCAGUUUCUACGUGACAUAUUUUUGCAUUAUCGCAUUGAUACUGGAUAUUUCUUCCAGGAAGAAGAAAAAGAAGAAGAAGAAGGACUUCAUCUGUUACUAGCGGCUAGCUACCAACAUGAUUCCAACGCUGAAUAUGCACAGAACAUGUUUGCUAUUGGCAUCUGGAUACUGGAAGAGUACCCAAGUUUACAUAUCAUCCGCAAAAAGCUGAACAGUGUCCCGUGCAGACAUUACGAUGCUGGGAUCGACAGAGGUAUUUGGGAUGCUCUUGGAAUUAUCGCCCAGGCAGAAGAAGACUUUUCUACGUCGAUAGAGUGGGCUACUGGCAACAGUGAAAAGGAUUAGCGUAGCUAUAUGGUAACAAAAACACAAGUUGCGUGAUCAGGAGAAUGUAUAUCACCGAGGACACUGAUGAUGACCCCGAUGGGACCUGAUCAUUGCUCUGGAGCUGGAACGUAAAUUUCCCGUGUCAACAACAUGCGGACUCUGUUAUCCAGGCUUCUCGGGAACUGCAGUGGAAUUAUUUCAUAGCAAUCAAUCGGGUAUGCCAUUUUCAUUGCGACUCUUCGGCUAGUUUUCCUCAGCAUUUCCCUCCAAUUUUCUAAAAUGAAAUUCGUAAUUAUAUGAUCCUCAUCACCAUGGACUGGAACGAUGUUCGCAACUCUCCAUAUGAGCUGAAUUUCCUUGGGUUCUGAUCGCAUCGAAAGAUGCAAGACAUUCCCAACAGAAUUCAUAAUAGCAUACCGAGCCUAGUUUGUUUCAGCCUCUGAAAGCUCGACCAUAAGGCAGUGAGUAUACGUACAGGUCAUGUGAUCGCAUCCCCCAUUCUUCUCGAUAUUCCGA